GACUCCAGCCUAUCCUCUCUAAACAGUGAAGGCAAUGGUCCUGGCAGAGAGUCCUGCUUUCGGAGGGAGACUUUUACACUGCACUAAAGCUAGGAAAACACUAUUCGCUGAAAUGAACUAGAGCCCUCGGGCACUCGCCGUGGAUUAAACGGGAACUUUUACGAUGGCUGUGAACGUGAAAAAGUAGCACGAGACAGAGCUCGCUAACCGCCGCCGCCAACGGACCUUCUACUGCAACUCCUAGUAGAUGCACGGCCACUGCUGAAAAAUAUGCUCCAGCCGAGCCGCCUCAACCCCGGCUUCAGUGGCAAAUUACCAGUGUUAUAACCAGUUUCGUGAGACAUUCGCCGGCGUCUAUUUGUUUAGUUUUUUUUUCCCGCUCCUCAGCUAUAAAGUCCGCAGUACAAGUCCCCGCGACCCACCUGCGAAAGAGAAUUAUGGCAGGGAAGCUGACAGCAACGCAAGGCACAGGAAUACUGCUGGUGACAGCCAACGUUGGAUCUCUGUUCGAGGAUCCUGACAAUCUACAGAAAACGUGGCUCAGGGAGUUUUACCAGACCGUACAGACACACAAGCCUCACUUCUUGGCAGUGCACUGCCAGGAGGUGGGCGGGAAGAAUUAUGAGGCAUCUAUGUCACACGUGGAUAGUUUUGUCAAAGAGCUGCUGUCCAGUGAUGCCAUGAGGGAGUACAACAGAGCCCGCGUCUACCUCGAUGAGAACUACCAAUCCCAGGAGCAUUUCACAGCUCUCGGAAGUUUCUACUUUAUCCACGACUCGUUGAAAAACGUCCACCAGUUUGAUUUCAAAGCCAAGAAAUUCAAGAAGGUUGUAGGGAAGGAGACCUACUCGGAGACACUAGAAAGCACACCCUCGCUGGAGAAGGAGAAGUUUCCACAGGACUACUUUCCUGAGUGCAAGUGGUCCAGAAAGGGAUUCAUUAGAACUCGAUGGGCCCUGGCUGACUGUGCAUUUGAUCUGGUCAACAUCCACCUCUUCCAUGAUGCCUCCAACUUGGUAGCGUGGGAGAAGAGCCCCUCUGUCUACUCCGGGACCAGGCAGAAGGCGCUGGGCUACGUCUUAGACAGGAUCACGGACCAGCGGCAUGAGAAGUUGCCAUAUUUUGUCUUUGGGGACUUUAACUUCAGGUUGGACUCAAAGCAGGUCAUUGAGAGUCUCUGCUCCACUGCCACCCUGCAGACAGUCAGAGCCGCCGACACCAAUGAAGUUGACAAGCUAAUAUUCCGAGAAAGUGACAAUGACCGAAAGGUUGUUCUUCAACUUGAAAAGAAGCUUUUUAAUUAUGUCAACCAGGACGUUUUCCGAGAAAACAAUGGGACCUCACUUUUAGAGUAUGACAAAGAGCUGUCGGUGUUCAAGGAUCGGCUGCAUGAACUGGAGAUCUCCUUCCCACCCAGUUAUCCGUACAGUGAAGACAGCAGCCAGGGGAAGCAGUACAUGAACACCAGAUGCCCUGCCUGGUGUGACCGAAUCCUCUUGUCUCCCUCUGCCAGAGACCUGGCCUUAAAGCCUGAAAAUGAAGAGAAGUCUAUAGUCUAUGAUAACAUCGGGCCCAAUGUCUGCAUGGGGGACCACAAGCCCGUCUUCCUGUCCUUCCGAAUAACAGCGGGGGCAGGGAAGGGUUGCCAAAGGGGGAGAAGAUAUUCCGUGAAGCGCCUCUGUGAGAACACUGGAGAACACGACAAACACACACACACCAACACACACACACACACACACACACACACACACACACACACCACACACACACACACACACACCACACACACACACCACCCCACACACACACACACACGCACACACACACACACACCACACCACGCAUGCACACAAUACACACAUUGCACAACAACACACAAUACACACACACACACACAACACACAGCACGCACAACACACAUGCACACACAUACACACACUUUGCAUCAACACAACACACACAAACACACACACACACCACACACAACACACACACACACACACACACACUUUGCACAAGCGUACACUGAGGAGGUUUUCAGCAGUGUUGACCAGUUGCAGUUGUCCUGACACCAACAUCCAUAUGAAAACCCGGCCGUUUUCUCUCCAUAAAACACUUGUUGAGAUGUGGACGAGCACCCGAGGGCCCGGCUCCAGACAAGACAGACAUCGCUGACCUCACUGUUGCCAAGCAACCCCAUUCCCCAGAGAAGAAAGAAAAAGAAGAAGAAAAAACUAACGGACGGACGGACGACUCUUUUCCACGCCACAGCCUCGUUGCCAAAACUCUAAUUGAAUCAGUCCUACUACAUAGUUUUAGACACCGUACUUGCCAUUUUUAGGUAUGCCUCUAUGUAUAGAAGCUACUUUCCACACAGUAUGUAAGGUGUUUUAAGAAAAGAAAAGUGCAAUGCAAAAAAAAGUUGUAUAUCUAUAUUGUUAGGUUUAUUUGUACAUCGGACAGUAUAUCAUAGAGUUGUUCAUGGUUUUUAGUGCCGUUCUCUUUUCUGACCAAACUUUGUGGUCCCUUUGUUGGAACAGAUAGAAAACCUUUUUUCCGUUUAUUUCAACAAUUUCUCUAGAAAUAUAUCCAUUUUUUUUGUUUUGUUUUUUUUGAGUUGUUGUGUGCACAACACACUGCUAUGCCUGACACAUCCGUUGAGUCUCAUUUUAUAUGCUGUUCUUUUUAAAGAGAUAAUUUAUAAUUCUUACCAAAACGUUAACGCUGAAGGUGUGACACAGUAACCUUUGAGUAGUCAGUGAAAGAAAAAACACUGUUGAGUGAUUUAUCGCCUAUCCAAGAUUGUUUAAGCAGUGCCAUAGACCAUGCAAGUAUAUAAGAUAUUGUUUCAUAUAUAGCACUCACAUUAUUAUUCUUACUCUAACUUAUUUCUAUAAUAUUAUGGUUCUGAAUGUGAUAUUUUUUAGAUAGGCUUGGGUAUCUUUAAAAUGUAAACUGUUUUGUUUUUUUCUGUCAUUUUUUUGUUACUGCAUUGUGGUGCCAAGUAUCCUACACAGAAAUAAAGUGUAUAAGAAUUAUAAAAUACUUAAGUCAGAUGGUAAAGGUCUUGAUUGUGUAAUGUAAAAAAAAAAAAUAGAGAGAAACUCUAAUCGCGGAGAAAGCUUUUUAUUUGUUUUGUGUGUAGCCUUCAUUGCAAAUAAUUUGAGCAUUAAAGAGAAGAGAGGUCUUUUUUUUUUGGAUCGGUUUCGUUUACCAGGCCUACACUACAGGUUUCAGACUGUGUGAAGCCGUCACAUUUCUCUUUUCUUUUCUUUUUCAUCCAAUUCACAAUCGCAAAUGGAAAUGAUUUUGUGCCUGCUGCAGCGUUCAUGUUGUCUUGUGUGAUUUGGGGUUUGUAGUCAAAACGUUGUUUUCCUGUUAUCUUGCUUGUUUUCGU